GUUAUUUAUGUAUUUUUCAGAAGAACUGGCAAAUAUUGAGUAGAUCCUAUGAUACGGCCGUUAAGCAUGCCUUGAUUUCACAUGGGCACGAAUUCUGGAGGAGAACGGGAUAGAAAAGACGCGCGCAUCAUGGUGGCAUGGCAGCAGCAUCCAUCGGGAUAGUUGGUGUUUCGAUUCCGUCGGAAAACGUCGAUUACAUUUAUAUAGUGAAAAAUUCAAAAAGUUACUUAAAAAUAUGGGAUAGCUAUGAGAAAAGUUUUGAGUUUAUGGUGCUGGAUUGCGCUGUUGUUUUCUUCAGUUUGUGGUGGUGGUGUCGAUCUACAAGGUCCAUUGUUCAUACAUGAACCUCCUCAUAGAGUGGAAUUUAGUAACAGCUCAGGUGGUAAAGUUGACUGUACUGCUCAGGGUAGUCCUCUUCCAGAAGUUGAAUGGAUUCUGGCUGACGGAUCACCGGUACAUCAGGUGUCUGAACUCAGACUGCUGUUUCCCAACGGUUCUCUUGUCUUCCCACCGUUCACCAACGAACGAUAUAGACACGAUGUGCAUGCUGCUCUCUACCGGUGUAGGUUAAAAAGUGCUCUGGGGAUUGUAGUCAGCAGAGAGGUACAUGUGAAAGCUGUGGUUAAGCAAAAAUACGAUAUUCAAGUACACGAUGAGUAUGUGAUAGCCGGCAAUACUGCUGUCCUCAAAUGUAAAAUUCCAAAUUUUGUAUCAGAAUAUGUAAUGGUGACAUCAUGGAUUCAAGAAGACAGUAUUAAUAUUUAUCCAAACACCGACAUUGGCGGAAAAUAUGUAGUUUUGGCCAACGGUGAUCUGUAUAUAAGUAACGCCGGACCUGGGGACGGCUACAAAAAUUAUGCUUGUCGUACUGUACAUAAAUUAACCGGUGAAGUUCAGACAUCAUCAUAUCCGGGUCGAAUCAUAGUUACGGAGCCAAAGGGUGAUGCUCAACCACGGAUCAGUGUUGAUAAAUAUAACGCCAGGCGAGUAGUUUUGGGCGAAGAUGUUACUCUACCAUGCGUAGCUCAAGGAUAUCCUGUCCCGGGAUAUUACUGGAAAAGGGAGCUACAAGGACAAAGUGUACCUGUUGCUCUCGGAGAAAGAUUGACAAUACUUUCAGCGGGUUUACUUAGAAUAUCGAAGGUACGACUGGAGGAUAGAGGUGUCUAUAUUUGUUUCGCUAAUAAUUCAGCUGGUGAGGAGAGCAUCAGAGUAACGUUAGAGGUAACUGCUCAAUUAUCUGCUCACGUACAACCACAAGUACAAGUUGUCGACGUUGGAAAAGAUGCAACGUUCCAAUGUAUUAUAAAUGGAUAUCCAGUAACCCAAGUCGGUUGGAUGCAUAACGGUAAACCAAUUGCUCAAGAUAGUCGUAUGGAAGUAAUAGCUGAACCGCCGCGUUUAACUGUCAAGUCGUUGACAAAAGAAGACCGAGGAAUGUUUCAAUGUAUAGUUAGUAAUAAUUGGGAUCAAGCUCAAGCAAUUGCCGAACUUAAUAUGGGAGAUGCAGGUCCUGAACUCAUAUAUUGGUUUUCGGAACAAACUCUUCAACCAGGUCCUACAGUUUCUUUGAAGUGCGUUGCUACUGGAAAUCCACCACCUCAAUUUACUUGGACAUUAGAUGGAUUUCCUAUCCCAGAUCAUUCUAGAUUCCUUGUUGGUCAGUAUGUUACCAUCCAAGAUGAUGUCAUCAGUCAUGUGAAUAUUACCAACGUGAAAGCUGAAGAUGGUGGAGAAUACACAUGCACUGCUCAUAAUACAGUAGGAAAAAUCUCACAUAGUGCCAGAGUGAAUGUUUACGGAUUACCAUAUAUUAGAGAUAUGCAAAAAAUAACCGGAGUUGCAGGAAUGAGUUUAAAUAUUAAGUGCCCCGUAGCAGGUUACCCUAUUGAAACAAUAACAUGGGAACGUGAGGGUCAACUUCUUCCAAUUAAUCGUCGUCAAAGAGUAUACGCCAACGGUACAUUGGUGAUCGAGCAGACACAAAGGAAAGAGGAUGCGGGCACGUAUACUUGUCAAGCUCAAAACAGGCAGAAAAAUACGGCUAGGAGGGAUGUUGAGAUUCAAGUUAUAGUACCUCCAAAAAUACUACCAAUCAAUCCGAUGACGGAUCUUCUGAGAGAAGGUAUGCGAGCCGCUAUUACCUGCCAAAUUAUGGAAGGUGACUUACCAAUCACUUUCCGUUGGGAGAGGAAUUCGAAAGUGGUCUCUAAUAACGCUGCUUUGGGAACAGUCGUUAGGAGGAUCGACGAAUUCUCUUCUUCGUUAAUUAUUGAUCAAGUGACUUCCGCCCAUAGUGGCAAUUAUACUUGCAUAGCAAGUAACGUAGCUGGUUCCGAAAAAUACGUCGUUCCACUUACUGUUAACGUUCCUCCACGAUGGACAGUGGAACCUUCUGAUGUAAGUGUCGCUGCUAAUCAAGAAGCAAUUAUUCACUGCCAAGCGGAUGGUUAUCCUAAACCUAUGAUUACAUGGAAAAAAGCUGUAGGUGAGCAGCCAGGAGAAUACAAAGACUUCCUUUUCGAACCAAACGUUCAACAACAUCAAAAUGGUUCAUUGAUUUUCAAUCACAUAUCAAAGGAAAACGAAGGACAUUACUUGUGCGAAGGAAAAAAUAAUAUUGGAACUGGAGUUAGUAAAGUGAUACAUCUAAAAGUAAACGCUCCUGCCCAUUUUCCACAAAAAUCGAAGCAACUUCAAGUAGUCAAAGGAGAACAAGCUCAUUUACAAUGUUCUGCACUUGGUGAUACACCAAUGGAAAUUAAUUGGAAAGUAGGUGGCCAACAUAUAUCCAAAGAUGGAGAUCAAAGAUACACAAUAAGAGAACAGAUUUUAGCGGAAGGAAUGGUAUCUGAAUUAGGUAUCGAGAGAACGAUAAGACAAGACACGGGAAUUUUCAUUUGUUCGGCUAGUAAUGCUUAUGGAAAUGACGAUAUGAAUAUUCAGCUGAUUAUUCAAGAAAUUCCAGAAGCUCCCAGAAAUGUACGUGUAAUGGAUCAACUUUCUCGAUCGAUUGGAGUAUCAUGGACGCAACCUUACGCAGGAAAUAGUCCGAUACUCAAUUAUAUUAUUCAGUAUAAGCUGGGUGCAGAGACAUGGCCCAAACAACCCUUAAAAGUAACCGUACCUGGCUCUCAAACUACAACAACUUUGCCAAAUCUGCACCCUGCGACAACUUACCAUUUGAGACUCCUGGCUGAAAACAGAUUAGGAUUAAGCGAACCUAGUCAAUCUGUUCAAGUCAAUACCCUAGAAGAAGUUCCGAAUGGGGCACCAUUAGACAUUAGAGCGGAACCAAAAAGUUCCACGGAAAUAGUAGUAACUUGGGAACCACCUUUACGGGAAACCUGGAAUGGAAAUCUACUUGGUUAUCACAUAGGAUACCAACAAUAUAUGGAUGGAGAUACAAAUGUCGGUACUCAAAAUUAUAUUUUCAAAAGUGUAGAAGUUAGACCACAUUUUGGUGGGGAAGCCACGCUCCAGGGGUUAGCAAAAUUUACAACAUAUAAUAUUGUUGUACAAGCGUACAAUAGCCGGGGUUCGGGUCCAACUAGUGAUCCCGUAACCGCAAGAACGUUGGAAGAUUCGCCGACUCUACCUCCUGAAAAUGUACAAUGCUCCGUUUUAAAUGCUCAAAGUUUACACAUAUCAUGGGAACCUCCUUUAAUUGAGGGUCAAAAUGGAAUCAUCCAAGGUUAUAAAGUUACUUAUCAUUCAGUUGGAGAAUGGUUUGAUAACGAAGAUCAACAAACGAAAAUAGUUAAUCAAUUGAGAACAACGAUUUCUGGCUUAAGGAAAUAUACUAAUUACAGUAUGACGGUGCUAGCUUUCACGUCUAGUGGAGAUGGUGUAAGAUCCGCGCCUGUAUAUUGUCAGACUGAAGAAGAUGUGCCUUCUGCACCUGCUCAAAUCAAAGCAGUUCAAAGUUCGCCAAGUAAAAUACUGGUAUCUUGGUUACCUCCAAAAUAUAGUAAUGGUCCAUUAACAGGGUACACGUUUUAUAUGAGUAUUGUUGAAGAUGGUCAAGAGGAAGGUACCCAUAAAAGAACCUUAAAUCCUACAACUGAAAUGCAUGAAGUACUUAGAGCGCAGGAUACUGCUACAUUACAGUUUUGGGUAACUGCAUCGACGAGAAUUGGAGAUGGUGAGAGUACUCGUGUAGUAACUCUAACCCCUUCGAAAAUAGUACCGGCUCGAAUAGCUUCUUUUGGUAGAGAAGUAAUAAGUGCUUGGAAGCAAGAUAUAUACCUCCACUGCCGCCGUGUGGGUGUUCCUCUUCCAACUGUAAAUUGGAGACUGAAUGAUCUUCCGCUAGAAGUAGGAGGUCGAAGAUUUAUUUUUGCUAAUGCAACUUUAGUCAUAAAAGAUAUUCAAAGUGUAGACCAAGCAAAUUAUUCUUGUAGUGUAGAGAAUCAAUACGGACAUGAUGAGAUAGUGUACAGUUUAAAAGUGUUAGUUCCACCAGAGGCUCCAGUAUUAACUGUCGUUGAUUCAUUCUCGGAUUCACUGCUUCUGAGAUGGAGUGAUCAAGGAAAUGGAGGAUCUCCUAUAUUAGGCUAUGUGAUUAACUAUAAAAGGAAUCAUGGAGAUUGGGAAGAACUUCAGAUUUCUGCGAGAACUGAUGAACACAUGUUACGAAGCCUUUGGUGUGGUACAAAAUAUCUCUUGUAUAUAACAGCAUUCAAUAGAAUAGGUACAGGAUUGCCAUGUGAUAUUGUUCCGGCUCAGACAAAAGGCACUGUACCAAUUCAACCAAAACAAUCCCAGAUGCUGACAAUGAAUUCAACAGUAGUAACAGUAUGGUUGGACUCAUGGGGUGAUGGAGGUUGCGGUAUAUCGUAUUUUAUAAUCGAGUACAGAUCAUCGAGAUACUCUAGUUGGACAACGUCCUCGAAUCACGUUAAACCUACUGAUAGAAUACACAGCAUUGUUGAUUUAUUGCCUGCUACGGAAUAUCAGCUUAAAAUUACCGCACGUAAUAACGCCGGGGAUACGGAAGCAAUAUACAAUUUCACUAUGUUAACACCUUUAGGCGUUGUACCUGAAUUAAUACCUCCCGUAUCACAUUCUGGGGACCAGCCGUUUUAUGCUAACGCAAAAGUUUUAGUACCGGUGAUGUUGUCACUAACGGUUCUCGUGGCUCUUGUUGCCACUUUAUUUUGGAGGAGAAAAAUAAGCAGAGAUGAGCAGAGUCGUUCAAUUGGCGAAUCGCCCUCCAUGGCCCAAAUUCAAAACAAACAAAAUAGAGACCAGCAAUAUUUGGCAGUGCGUGGAAAACAAGCGCAUGUCGUUGAAGAUGUAUACAAAGCCGAAUCUGCAGACUACGUAGAAGAUAUAUGUCCUUAUGCUACCUUUCAGUUAUCCAAAAAUACGUACAGCGAGAGUUCAUAUAGUGGAAACGUGUACAGUGGGCCGUACCAUUCGGUACGAGGCUCUUUUGUUUAUCAUGACGUUAAACCACUACCUAUUGAUAAUUUUAAGUUAGAACAUAAUAAAGAGCCUGAGUAUUCAAAAGUACGAAGAAAAGGGGCAAGGCUGAGAGAUCCGCAUUCUGAAAGUCAAGAGUCUGAUAACCUGGGCAGCACUGACUCAGAGGUGAAGAAGAUAUUAACGUUACACCUCCCUAUUUCAGAAUAUGAUACACUAGGAUCAGAUUCUGAGGGCGACGGAAGGGCUACUAGUCAGGAGAUGAUGUCCUUUAGUCACAGAAUGAGAGGGGGCGCAGAAGGCUCUUCUUCGUCGUCGGAAGCUUCUCCACCUUCGGGCAGUGUCGGAAGGAAGUCUUACCAAACUCGCAAAGGAAAAGCUAAGGCUACACCAGUCAACAAACGUCAUGUUAGGAGUAGUAGUGGAUAUUCAAGCCAUAACGAAGAAACAACUUUUAGUAUUUCUCAUGCUCCAAGUUUCAACGAACGCAUACAUCCACCCUCGAGAUUUUCAGAUUUAACAGCAAGAAAUUUGAGUGAAUCAGAAUACGAAAAAGGUAAAAAGCCGCUACGAGGUAUGACCAAAUUGAGCAGAGAGGCGUUUCAGAUAAAUGUAUGAAACAUUUUUGAAAUUAUCAACAUCAUAACAAAACUAUUUAUGAUUAGGAUAAUGUUUGAGGUACAAGCGAAAACAGAGUCGUUAUUAUCAUUAAUUGACUUUCCAAGUUAACUCUUUUCUCAUAAAUUCCUCAAGUUUUUCACAAUAUUCUUAAAUAUGAUUAUGUUAAUUUGUGUCCUACAACAAUUUCUAUCUAUUUCAAUGCACUAGUAUCAUUUAUUAAAAUAAAUAUAUUGUAAAUUGAUUUGUACUAAUAGCUCAGGCACGUUUACCUGUUACCUCAUUUUUAUGUCAGUAGUUCUAAAUGUUUCCUCCUCUAUUAUUUCUUGACUCCCAAUUCUCUUUGUAUACAGGAAGUCUAAACUAAAAUAUGGACCCCAAUAGCUCAAGUUGUACUAAAAACUUUUUAAAUUUAAAUCUCGUAAUAUUUGGGAAUGCAAAUUUGAGCUGGAUCCCCCGUUUAUAGUUAAACUUAUGUCCAAUAUUAAUUCCUAACGCAGAGGUUCCAGCCAAUACAAUUAAUAACAUUUGUUAACUUGAAUAAUAUUCUAGAUAAAUGAAUAAUCACAGCUCCGCUAAUUUGAAUGACAUUUAUGAUGGACUGUAGAACAGGGAUUGCAUCUAAUACUGGGAAAACGUCAGAUUAGUUUCAGUAUAUGAGAAAAAUGCCAAAAUUAUAGAGGCACUAUACUACUACAAGGAAAUGAUUAUAAAGUAGGAUACAAAAAUAAAUUGAGCAAAGCUGUAACAAGUCAAUGCCUCAAAAAACGGAAUAUGGAAUGGAAAUGGAAGAAUAGACACUCAUAUAACCACGGAAUACGAAAUAAUACAAACAGAAAGAAUGUAGGUAAAUAGAAGAAACGAAGCUAGAUGUGCUACCAGAUAUAAGAAGCAAGAAAAAUAAAAAAAUAAAAAGGAAUACCAAAAAAAUAUAGCAUGAAGAAGUUAAGAUAGCGACAGGAAAAAUAAAUGUUGAAAGGAAUGAGAUAAUACUGAAAACAAUACAAAGAAGAGAAUAUAAGAUAUUUUGGAGAAGUGAUACUACAUCGUAGCUAGACCCAGAGACGUCUUACCACCAACGAUCAAGGUUGGAGAAGCCUUAGUAAGUAAAUAGGUUAAUAAGAAGUGUUGUUAACGUUAAACGUUCAAUUCCCUAAGAUAUUUCUUUCCUAAAGAUCCGUAUUUUGAUCCAUUUUCGUAGGUCUGAAACGACUCUAAUAUUUUUUUGCUUUUCUUUUUCUCGCCGUAUCAAUAAUUUCAGAAAUUUUUAAUGACAAUUUUGGAUAUUGAAUAUUCUGUGCAACGCUAUUUUUUGCAAUAAAUAAAUGAAAAGAUAUAGAGUAAAAAUAAUUGUAUACGUUUUUUGUUUACGACAAAGUUUUCAGAGCAAUUUGUGGAGAAUAUAAUUUCCUAAAAAACAUUAAAAAAAAUUUGGUAAUUAUACACUUUCACGGUCACCUGGUUUUUUGGCUGUAGAAAAUCGAAAAAUGGAUGGAUUUUAAUGAUCUUGAUCUCAAAAUGUUCCAUUUUACGGCGGAUUUAUAA